AUGGCUUCCACCGGGAUGCAGAAUUCCGCCUCCCCGGCCUCCGGGUCGCGACCCGCCCGGCCACGCUGCCCCCGCGGCCGCCUCCUGUGCCCGCCGCCCCCGGGCGCGGGGUCUCCCCGGCCGCCCCCCUCGGAAACGCGGAGAGAAACUUUAACCAGGGUCCGAGGCCGGCGGGAUCGGGGCGGCGGCGGCGGGAGCGGGAGCGGGAGCGGGAGCGGCCGCGCGACCCCGGCCCCGGCCCCCGGGCGCCCCCGCCUCCCCGGGCCGGCGGGCGGCAGCCCGACCCCGACGGCGACCGCGAGCCCGGCCGCGAGCCCGAGCGCCCCCCGGGCCGUGCCCUCCGCCCGCACCCGCGGCCGAUCAGCUGGGACCCGCCGGCCCGAGGCUCCCCGCGCCGCCCCGGCCGCCCGGAACGCGGGCCCCGGCCCCGGGAGGCGCAGCGGCGGGCGGGCGGGCGGGCGGGCCGGGGGCCUGGGCUCCCCUCGCGUCUCCCCGCGCUCGGGCGCCGCGCUGCGGGACGAGCCCCGGCGACUCCCCGCUCGCAGUGGAGGGAUUCCGGGGGAUGGGCCCCCCGGCGGCGCCCCCUCCUCCCGGAGCGCCCCCCCGCCCCGGAUAGACGGAGCGGCGACGGGCCCCGCCGCCGGGAAGCUCCUCGCGGCGCACUGCGCAGGCGCCGCCUCCCCACCCCGCCCCCGGCGGCCCCGCCGCCCCUCCCCCCCCGCGCCCCUCACCGCUCUCGCGGGCGCACGGGAGCGCGCACGCGUCACCUCCUCCGACGCGGACACGCCGCCCGCGCGCGCACGCGCGGAUGCGUCGGCCUCGAAUCGCCCGCGCCCCGGCGACGCCGACGCGGCCGCCCGCCCCGCCCCGCCCCGCCCCCCCGAUCACGUCAGCCGCCCGCCCCCGCCCCCGCCCGCCCGCCCGCCGCGGCCGCCUCCCCCCGGCCCCCCCCCCCCCCCCCGGGCUCCGCCGGGCCUGCGCACAAGGCCCCGCGCCUCCGCCCGCGCCCGCGCCCGCGCCCGCCCUCCCCCCCCCCCCGCGCGGCCUGGCCCGGUGUGGCCUCGCCUCGCCUCGCCGAGCUCACGGUCGCCUCCGUGCGCCGCCCGUCCCCGGGGAGCGGCGACCCCGACCCCGCAAGCACAAGCACCCCCAGCCGCGGGCGGGGCCCGGCCCCCAACGCCCGUCACAGUCGCACACCCGGAGGCCCGGCGGCCUGCCCCGGGCUGCAUGGCGCCGCCGCCCGCACUCCCGCACUCCCGGGUCAGGGUCCGGCCUGGCCGUGGGCGCCCGCUCGGGCCUGCGCGGGGCGCGGGGCGCGGGGGCGGCUGCCCGAGGCCGGGACUGACUCGCCGCCCGCGCCCGCAGGCCCGACACCCGCCUCCGGGGCUCCGCCUCACCCACUCCUCGCCGCGCCGAAGGGCCGGAGACGCGGGAAGCAUGGCCGUCCCGCCUCGGCGCCCCCGGGGAGGCAGCGCGGGCCUCGGGCGGCCGGGGAGGAGGGAGGAGGCGCGGCCGAGGGCCCGCGACGGCGGCGGCGAGGCCCCGAGAGCGGCCGGGGGGGGGGGGUCACGCUCGGGCUUCCGCCGCGCCGGUGCCCCCGCGGCCCGGAGGGGGGGGGCCGUGACCGCGACCGUGACCGUGACCCCGCCCCCGGCGAGCGGGGCGCCCCCCACGGAGGGUAGCGGAGAUGUCGCCCUGCUCCCGGGGUCCGUCCGCCGCCCGACGAGCUCGCGGGCCCGGGACGUCGACCGGCGGGGCCUGCGGGGAGCGAGCCGCCCCGGGGACCCCGCCGCGGGUUCCCACGCCCUGACCUCCGGCUGCCGGGGCGGGAGCGCGGCCCGAGAGGACAGGCAACCGGAGGGACGCCGCGUGGAGCUGCCAUGGUCGGCCGGCCUCCUUCCACUCGGAGGAAGACGCGCGUGCAGCGGCGAUGCCUCGGAGACUCCGCGGGAGAGGGACCUUGCCAGCCGGGUGCUGCAGCUGCCGCCGCUCCGGGAGGAUCUCUGCUCGCUGCGGGACCUUUACGAACACACACACACGCACACGCAACCAGCUAAAUAG